AUGUUACCUACGGACGUUGUCUGGGUUAGCACGGAAACAUUUGGGUGGUGGCCCGCUAAGAUAAUAAGUCAAAAUGGUUCUGAAACGCCUUUACGUGUCGAGCUUUUUGGAGAUAUCUCGACAAAAACAAUAGAACUUAACAAUAUGUCAGAUACAAGUAUUCUUCCAUUUCGCUGUAACAAGUCCUCCGAGUUUCUGGAGAAUGGAAAAAAUUCAAAUAUGAAAGAAAUAUUUAAGAACGCGGUCUCGGAAGCUGAGGAAAAAGAUGCUGAAGAAAAUGAUGGCUUGCCCAGUGAAGAUUGGGCUUUUCAUAAGGUUGUUGAUUCUGUUGAUUCACCGAAACGGAGAAAGGUUACUUCUCAGAAAAGACCCACAAAAGGAAAAAGGAAAAGUUUUGGUUCUACAAAUUGUCUCAUUACUCAUAAGACAUCAUCAAAUAAGCAAUCCAUAACUCGGGACCCAGGCAAUACUGAUACAAGUUUCCAAGAAGAUGAGAGCCUUAUGAUCCCUGGUGAGCUAGUUCUCGCAUGUGCACUCAAAAAAUAUUAUCCAGCGAAAAUUACAAGUUAUACCGAACCAGACAAAUAUAAAAUAAAAUUUUGUGAUGGAACGACGACAACAGUUACUCGAAAGAAGUUCUUUACGAGAUAUGAAGAUGAAUUUCAAACGUGUCAAUUGGGAGAUAUCGAGUUAGAAAAAGAGGAUCCAACUUACUAUGAUCAAGAACUUAUUGAUCAAGUCUAUAAUCUUGAAGACAUACUUUAUCGAGUUUUGACGG